AGAGAGAGAAACCGGAUCUCUUUUUACCGCUGCACUGCACUCACACCGUGCCCAGCUUUACUGAUUACGGACUAGUCCAUAGAAUUCAACAUUUUAAAGCGCAAUGUGUCUGCAUGCAAAUUAAUGGAGUAUAAAACUUCAUACGCUAGAAUUGGUCUGGGAAGACUGACUUUUGCAGCAACCCCAGGAGGGUUUUAUUAUCGUGUACCGUACCCCCAGCCCAGGCCGCUCCUGUAAUGUUUUUUGGGCGGGGGGGGGCCGCUGCAAAUCCAAACCAUCCUUUGCUCCACCUUUAAGCAGAAAUAACACCGGACAAUGUUAACACUGUAGGGCUGCUAUAAGUCACUCUCAACAACAGCCCCCGCCCAGUACCACUAAAUACCUUAUUUACCCGAUUAGGACUCAGAAUUUAAGACGACCCUGUUUUCUUACAUCGAAAAACUUGAAAAAAAGCCUAGUUUUGGAUUCAGAUACAUAAUGACAGUAUGAGAUGGUCAAUUGUAUUGGCACUGGCAAGGCUUUUUUUUUUUUUUUUUAAACAAACAAAAAAAAUCUUCACACAAAAUAUGACCCGAUUUUAAAACACCUGUAUUUGAUGCUGCAUUUCUGGGUGGACACGCUGCUGUCCUCCGACCGCUACACUAAAAUCCCGGAUUCCUCCCAUGUUUUCUAUGGACAACUUUCAGUACCAUUAAAGAGUUGAAGGGAACCAAAAAUUCCCGGUACCAGAUAAAUGGAUGAUCUGUGUCCGUCCCUGUCUCUAGGCUAUAAUACGCCACUCCCCCCCAAAAAACCCACAUAGUCCCUACAGUAAAUUCGUCCCUUAAAAAAACAGGCAUUCGAAUCACCCUGAUUCAUUCUCAUUCUCUUCCCCUCCCUCUGUUUGUCAUAGGCUGAGGUGUGCAGACUGAGGCUGACUGACAGCUGAGUGGAGGGAAAUGCCUGGAUUGGGAUUGGGUGAUCUUGCUCGGCUCUGGUUUCCUCCUUUCUCCGUAAGGGAGCAGGCGCGGUAGUGACUUUGAAACUCCUCUUCCCUCGUCUCCUCUGUCAGGCAGCAAGCGUGGCAGAGCCGACCGCGCGACGAGAUGGGAUACUUAAAGCUUUUGAUGGUGGAGAAUUUCAAAUCAUGGCGAGGACAACAAUGCAUUGGACCAUUCAAGAAGUUCACUUGUGUCAUUGGUCCUAAUGGCUCAGGGAAGUCGAAUGUAAUGGAUGCCCUUAGUUUUGUAAUGGGUGAAAAGACAUCUAAUUUAAGAGUGAAACACAUUCAAGAACUGAUACAUGGUGCACAUGUCGGAAAACCAGUUUCAUCGACAGGAAGUGUAAAAAUGGUAUACAUCGAACAAAAUGGGGAAGAGAAAACAUUUUCAAGAAUUAUUCGAGGCAGUGGUUCCGAGUUUCUUUUCAAUGACCAUGUUGUCAGUCGAUCUCUAUAUACGAAAAAACUUGGAGAAAUUGGCAUUAUUGCUAAGGCAAGAAAUUGCCUCGUUUUUCAGGGUGAGGUUGACUCAAUUGCAAUGAAGAAACCCAAGGAAAGAACUCAGCUUUUUGAACAAAUUAGUAAUUCAGGGGAACUUGCUGCCGAAUAUACAGAAAAGAAGAAGAUGAUGCAAAAAGCAGAAGAAGAUGCACAGUUUAGCUAUAACAAGAAGAAAAAUGUGGCAACUGAACGCAAACGUGCAAAGUUAGAGAAGGAAGAGGCAGAGCAUUACCAGAUGCUGUUCGAAGAGCUGAAAGAGUGUAGGAGGCAGUUGCAGCUUUUCCAGCUAUAUCACAAUGAACAAAAAAUUCAUGCUAUAAGCAAUAAAUUGGCUGCAAAAACCACUAAUGUUGAUACUAAGAAAAUCAGCGUUUCUCGUGCUGAAGAUGAAGUGAAAGCCAAGAAAAAGGUGCUUGGAACACUAAAUAGGAACCUGCAGUAUAUUGAAAAAGAAAUAAAGUCUCUAGAAGUGUUGUUGAAUCAAAAAAGGCCUCAGUAUAUUAAAGCAAAGGAGAGAACAUCUCACCAAAUAAAAAAAGUAGAUAUGUCUAAGAAGAUCUUAAGAAAUAAUAUAAAACAACAGGCUAAACAAGAAGAAUGUAAAGAAGAACUGGAAAGAGAACUAACUGAUAUUGAUAAAGCCUGGAAAGCAUUUGAAAAGAAAGUUGAAGAAGAGAUACUGCACCGAAGGAGAGAUGUUUUGCUGGAAGAAGGUCAGAUAAAUAAAUAUAAGGAGCUGAAAGAACUAGUGAGAAAAAAAGUAGCUAUAUUGUCUCAGCAGCAGGAAAAACUGCAGUGGGAGCAGAAGGCAGAUCAGGACAAGAUGUUGUUUGAUCAGCGGAGACAAAAAGAAACAGAGAGGAGUAUAAAGCAAGUUGUGGAACAAAUAGAAGAUCACGAAAAACGGGUAGAGAAACUUCAGGAAUACAGCAAGAAAUGCUCUGAAUCUUUAGCAGAGAAAAAAGAAGAGGUAGUAGUGCUGACAAAUGAAAUUGAAAAUUCAAAGAUACGGAUGGCUGAAGUAAAUGAAGAACUGAAUAAAAUUGUCAGUGAACUGCACAAUGCUAAAAUUGAUGUCCAUGAGAGCAAACGCUUGCAGAGAAGAGCAGAAAACUUGCAGAGCCUCAAAAGAUUGUAUCCCGAUUAUGUGUUUGGAAGACUGGUUGACUUGUGUCAUCCCAUCCAUAAAAAAUAUCAGCUUGCUGUCACCAAAGUUUUUGGCAAGUAUAUGACUGCAGUAGUUGUGGCUUCAGAAAAGGUAGCUAGAGAUUGUAUUCGUUUCCUCAAAGAAGAAAGAGCUGAGCCUGAAACAUUCCUUCCUUUGGAUUACCUCGAGGUGGAACCAGUCAAUGAACAGUUAAGAGAGAUAAAAGGAUGUAAAAUGAUGGUUGAUGUCAUACAAACAUCUUUUCCUCCACUGAAGAAAGUAAUUCAGUUUGUUUGUGGGAAUGGUCUUGUCUGUGAAACAGUAAAGGAAGCAAGACAAAUAGCAUUUGAUGGACCCCACCGACUGAAAACAGUGGCUCUUGAUGGAACUUUAUUUGCGAAAUCUGGAAUAAUCUCUGGAGGGUCAAGUUAUUUGAAAAUAAAGGCUAGAUACUGGGAUGAAAAAGAUGUCAAUGAACUUAAAGAAAGAAGAGAGAAGCUCAUGAAUGAACUAAAGGAUUUAUUGAAAAUCAAGCGCAAGGAGUCUGAUUUAAAGCAGUUGCAGGCUCAGUGCCAAGGAAUUCAAACACGACACAAAUAUUCACAAAAUGAACUAGAAGUUCUUAAGAAAAAACACCUCGCCAAUUUCCACAAGGAAACAUCUAUGCUGGAAAGUGAACUUCUAAAUAUUCAGUCUCAACAUGCAAUGCUGAAUGAAGGAGUUUUACAAAGAGCAGAAAAAAUGGACGCGCUCCAAAAGAAAAUAAAUGAGGUGGAAGACAAUGUUUUCCGUCAAUUCUGUGAAGAGAUUGGUGUAGAAAAUAUCCGCAUGUAUGAAAAAGAACAUGUGGAGCAGCAGGAAGAAAUUGACAAGAAGCGGUUUGAAUUUGAAAAUCAGAAGACACGAUUGAAUGGUCAGCUUGAGUAUAUUUGCAGCCAUCUAGAAAAGGAGAUAAACAAGAACAACAUGCUGAAGGAGGCUAUUCGCAAAGAUGAAGCUGAGAUCAUUCACCUAAAAAAGGAUGAGGAGAAUUUUUUACAAAUGGUAGAUGAAAUUAUGGCAGAACUGCAGCAGCUUAGGGAAAAGCAGAAUGCUAAUAAGACCAGUGUUGCUGAAGCACAGAAUCAAGUUGAGGAAUCAAGGAAGACAUUGCUAGCUCUAAAUAGAGAGGUGGGAACGUUACAAAAAGAAGCUGUAGCAAUUGAGACUUUGCUGGAACAAAACAGAUUAGAAAGGCAUAAUAGGCUUCUUGAUUGCAAGCUCCAGGACUUAAAGAUAAACCUUCUGUUGGGAUCUUUGGAUGACAUUAGUGAAAUAGAGCUGGGACCUGAUACUGAAAGUACUCAAGUGACCACUGAUAUCUAUGAAAGGGAGCAAGCAAUUCAUAUUGAUUAUAGCAGUCUUGCAGGAGAGCUAAAGAACUUGCAGUCCAACAAAGAGAUUGAGACUCUUCGCAAACAACUUCAGCAAGAAGAAGAAUCCAAAGAAAAAGUCCUAUUGAACACUUCAGCACCUAACCUGAGAGCACUGGAGAGAUUACAUAUUGUUACAGGCAGAUUCCAAGAAUCAGUUGAUGCAUUUGAGGCCCACAAGAGGGAAGCCAGAAUAUGCAGGCAAGAAUUUGAGAAAGUGAAGAAAAGGAGAUAUGAACUGUUCAGCCAAUGCUUUGAGCAUGUGUCUGUGGCUAUUGAUCAGAUCUACAAGAAGCUCUGCAGAAACAAUAGUGCUCAGGCAUUCCUUAGUCCUGAGAAUCCUGAGGAGCCUUACUUGGAAGGCAUCAGCUACAACUGUGUAGCUCCUGGGAAACGGUUUAUGCCAAUGGACAACCUGUCAGGGGGUGAAAAAUCUGUAGCCGCUUUGGCUUUGCUGUUUGCAAUACACAGUUUUAGGCCUGCCCCAUUUUUCAUUUUGGAUGAAGUAGAUGCAGCACUAGAUAAUACAAACAUUGGCAAGAUAUCAAGCUUCAUCACGCAGCAGUCACAAGAAAAAUGUCAGAUUAUAGUUAUUUCUCUGAAGGAAGAGUUUUAUUCUAAAGCAGAUGCUUUAAUUGGAGUCUGUUCUCAGCAAGAUGAUAUCAUGUUUAGUCAAGUACUGACCUUGGAUCUUACUCAGUAUCCAGCUGCUGAUGAAAACGGAAGACCCCAGAAGUACAGAAAGAGCUCUGUGUUGAAAUGAAGCAAAGUGGCGGCUCUUUGGAUAACGUCGUUGUGACAAGUUUGAAUGUUGCUAAUAGCAUUAUGUUGCUGCUAAUAGCAUCAAUAGUAUUACUGGAGCUUUGGAUUUAAGUUCAAAAUUACAUAUUUAGUGUGAGAAUUUGUUGCUCAGUAUUGUGCCAAGUAUAAAUAUGCUUGUUCUAUCUGGAAUUUAAUUGCCAGGUGUGCAGUACUGUGUAUUCUAGAUAUUACAUAUAUAUAUAUCUUACUCUGACUCCGUUUAAACCAGAAAAGCUGCAUCUCAAGGAACAGUCAGAAUUGGAGGAGUGGCAAGGGCCUGUGUAACCCUUUCCUUACCUGCUACCUCCUCACUUCAGAGAGUUUCCCUGCAGCUUUACCACCACCCAGAGGCUCCAGAGAGGUAUGUGCAAAACCAACACGCACAUGAAACUCCAUAAGAUAAAUGUUUCUUGGAAGUGGGAUCUAAAGUGGGGAACGGGUGGACAAGAAAAGGAUAAAGGUACACCCCUGUCUUGGUCACGUCUUCAACAAUUCUGAUUGUCCACUUGGAAGCAGCUUUUGUUAUUUAAAUAGGCCAUUGCAAUGUCCAGUUUCACAUUGAGUCACUGUAUUACAUUUAAUGUUUGGUAACUUUCAAAACAAGUAAGUUUGAUUAUAUGAUUUAAUGGGGACAGUGCCAUUUGUUAAAAAGUUCAUAACUCAUUCAGUGGAGAUUAUUAAUGUGAUGCUUUAUUUUAAAAACAUUCAUUCAUUUCUUAGGGUUGACUAUGACUUGUUUAACAUGUAUCGUUUGUGUUUGAAACGUAUUAAAUAAAUUCAGUUCAAUUUGAA